AUCUGUCUUAUCGAGCAACCGUAUAUAAACCGGCGUAGACGACAACAUGUUGAUUCAAUCUUCUGAGAGCGGCAUAACGUGCAGGAUGCGGUUGCAACACAGCUCGAUGCGCUCCGCAAUAAUAUUGCUAUUAGCCGCUGCUAGUGCGGUACUGUGCGUCGAAGAAUUCACGGAAGCUGGCAAUUUAGAUAAAGGUGUCUUAAUUCCUACAAAAAAUGGCGUUCUUCUCGUAAACAUAAUCAAUCGUAUUGUUGUUCUCAAUCUCACGAAAAAUGACGGCGAGACUAUGAUUAACGUUCUUCACACGAAGACUCCAUCGGAUACUCUGCAGAAUCCUUUUGUACUCGAGCAGAACUGCGGUGGCAGUGACCGAGUUUGCGUAAAAAGCGCCAACGUUACGCACACCGUCAUUAUUGCUAAAGAGAAUAGCGAAAUUGUUUAUGUGACUCGUGCAGUGGCCAAUUCUAAUGCCGAGCUUAUAGACUGUUACCAGUUCACCGAAGGUACACAAUGGUUUGGUGGUCCGGAGCUUCGUCAUCAGCACUGGCCUGUGCAGCACAUGUACUACGAAGCGGAACCAUAUGUGCCGACACAUCCAUCAAACAUGGCACUGUCCGAGCGUUACUGGUUGUCCAGCAAAGGAGUUUACAUCUACGUGAACGAGACGGCGCCGCUAUUUCUUGACCAGAACAACUAUCGACAUAACGCUUUGUGUCUGAUCGCUAAAAAUAAGGCGCCCUAUCGACAUCGCAACAGUAUCGAACUUCGAUACGAGAUCGGAGUCUUCAAGAAUCCAAAAGACAGUCAUCAGCAUGUGGUGAAGACUCAUUUGGGACGACCAAAAGGUUAUCCCAACGAAAGGAUGAUUCAGCAUCCUAUAUGGUCCACUUGGGCUAGAUACAAGGCCAAUGUCACCGAAAAAGUGGUAGAGACAUUCGCGGAUGAGAUCAUCGCUUACAGGUUCAACAACAGUCAAAUCGAGAUUGACGACAAGUGGGAGACCUGUUACGGAUCUGCUGUCUUCGAUCCCGUCAAGUUUCCCAACGUCACUGGUCUCGUGCAACGAUUAAAAAAGAAAGGUUUCCGCGUCACUUUGUGGAUACAUCCGUUCAUCAACCGAGGUUGCGAACCCGCAUUCUCCACAGCACUAAAUAAUUCGUACUUCGCCAAGAAUAUCGACGGAAGUGUUAGAACGUCGUGGUGGCAAGGUUUGGAUGCUGCAGUAAUCGACUUUACGAAUCAGAAAGCAGUGAACUGGUGGGUGGCGCGACUGAAGCGUCUCGAGGAACUUGGUAUUGAUAGUUUCAAGUUUGACGCAGGCGAAAUAUCUUGGUUACCGCAAAUAGCAACGUUGAACGGCUCUAUCGAUAUACAGCCGGGAAUAUACACGCAAGAUUAUGUUAGAGUACUCGCUGCUAAUUUUGAUGACAACAUCGAAGUGCGGGUGGGAUGGCGCAGCCAGGAAUUACCGAUAUUCGUUCGCAUGAUUGACAAAGACACUACAUGGACAUGGAACAACGGUUUGCCCACGCUGAUCACAACGUUGUUGCAAAUGAAUCUGAACGGAUAUGUUCACGUGUUGCCGGACAUGAUUGGUGGCAACGGUUACUUGGACGGUUCACUGAACGCCACAUUUUAUCCGCCUAAAGAACUCUUCAUCAGGUGGUUGCAGGCCAAUGUCUUCAUGCCAUCGUUGCAAUAUUCUUUUGUACCAUGGGACUAUGACAAUGAAACUAUUGCCAUCUGUAGAAAGUAUACUGAACUGCACGCCAACUAUACGGAAAAAAUUGUAAACGCGAUGAAACGGGCUGUUACUGAUGGUACACCAGUAAAUCCACCUAUCUGGUGGAUCGAUCCGACCAACCAAGAAGCUCAUAAGAUCAAUGACGAAUAUCUUCUUGGAGAUUCUAUAUUGGUUGCGCCAGUAAUCGAAGAAGAAGCUGUUUUUCGCGACAUCUACUUACCUGCGGGAACAUGGUGGGAUAUGAAUCAAAACGUAGUCAUCUUUGGACCGAAAUGGCUAAGAAAUUAUCCUGCUCCUUUAGACACGCUCCCAUAUUUCGUCACAAUAAAAUAAAGGACGAUGCUGAUUAAAAUUAUAAAAUAUUUAUUUUAAGAAACAUGUAUAUAAAUUAUCUUGUCAUAUACAACGUGUCAAGUUUUCAUUUUGAGAUCACUUUUCUUUUCUUAUGUAAAGACAAUAAUUAAAUAAGAUACUAAUUUUUACAUAAUCAAUGUCGUUCUGCUUCUGUUGUAUCACACUUUUGAAAUAUUAUAAAUUUACUACUUACGUGCCAAUAAAGCUCCUAUCUCUGUA